UGCUGUCCAUUUCGUAGAAAUCGUAAUACAAGUUUGUGCGCGUCUGUUUAAGGUGUGUUCGAAGUGAGUUCGUAUCCUUCGUUAUCGGCAUUUAAACGUUGGAUUAUAAUCUAGUCAACAUGUCAGCUACUUUAGAGUCCAAUUCAGGGUCCCCCUGGAGAAAAAGGGCUCGAGAAGACGAUGCUUCCGUCUCUUUAGAAAUAAAAGAGCUAAAGAGACCGAGAAUGUACUACUUUCGUCUGGAGAGUGAGAGUUCCAAAGCAUCUGAAGAUGAUACCGAAAGCGUCUACAGCUUGCAAGACAGAGCUACUGACAUCGUUAGAGAUACGUCUGAUACAGAUUCUAGGGCGGAUAUGGAUGAAUAUGAAGUGGAAAUUGAAUAUGAAGUUGCUAGUUUAUCUGAAGAUGAUGAACGGAAAUCUUUAAACUCAUCAAGUGAUUCAGAGGGUAUGGUAUUAUCCGCAGCUGCGGCAUUUAUAAUAGACACAUCGAUAGAGGCUUGGGUGACAGACGUUGAGGAUUCCGACAGUUCGUCGGAUGAAACGUCUUUCGGGCGCACAGAUUUCUCUACUUGCGUUCAAUGCAAAGGAGAAAAUGAUAAUCCCCUCUACAGAUAUUGUGAAAAAUGUUUUCAGGAGCGAAAGAAAUUUUUCCCGCCGAGGCCGAGAAGAAAUCGACGCGGCCGCGUCGCGAAGAACAAAAAACCCGAACCCGUGAACUCCGUGAAGCUCGACCUCUUGCGGAAUUGCCUGACAAACCUGUCGCACGAUUCGGGCAUCGGCUCGAGCCAGGAGUUUCCGUCGCUGGAGUUGGAUCGGAUCGUCGUACCGGAAUACAAAGGGGCGGCGACGCGCCUUAGUUCCGUAGAGGGCCUUAAGGUCGAGCCGGGAACGCGUCGCAAACGCAAAUCGUCCGAAAGUAGUUUAUCGGAUUACGAGGUGAAAAGGGCGCGGAAACAAGAGUGGGAGGUCGAUUCGGCUUCCGGUUCGUUCACGUCUAGCGUUGCGGAAAAACCGAACGACGAGACGACGUCCGAGCUUUGCCUGUUUUGCAAUAACGCCCCCAAAGACAGCAUAUUUUUGCACACGACUUUGGCGCACCGGUGUUGCUGUUAUCCGUGCGCGAAAAAGACACUUAAGACUACCAAACGGUGCCCGAUUUGCAAUCGUUCAGUGAAUAAGGUUCUUAGAAUAUUUACUUCUUAAAUGGGAGGGUUGUAGGGGAAUGUUGGUGUUUUCGUUUCAUGUUAAAGAUGCUGUGGGCUGCCGUGGCUGCUUUUCGCUCCACCGAAGACCUCUUGCGGUAUUGGUUCGUUCAGGCUGGCACUCGACACAGCGAAUGCCUAUUCGCGAGUUGUGAGGAAUGUCAAAAAAUAUAGAAAGGAAAAGUUUUAGGGGUCGCACAGUUUUCUGCCAGACAUUUUUAAUCCUUUUCCCAUAUUUUACACUAAGACAAUGUCACUUUUUAAGUACAUACUUUAAAAUCGGUAAGGGCAAGGUGGCUUGAGAAAGUACUUUUUUUUUAUAUCUAACAAUGUGCCUUUUACAUAGCCAAAAAGUUUCGAGUAGUUUCGUUUACGUUUUUGCUAAAUUGCCCCAUUAACAUUGCACAUCCACUGUCAAAAGUGUUUAUUAUUUUUGUGUUUUAAAUGAUGGAUUUUAAUGACUCCUAAUGAUUUUUUCUAUGUUUUCACUAUGUUUCUAUGUUCUAUGUAUAUAAAGAUACGCAACAAAUGCAACAAAAUUGAUCUACACACGUAGCAUCUUGCUUUUAACAGGUUUCAACACGUUUUGUGACGUUUUUUUUUUACUUCUUGGUUAUAAAACAAUUUACGUAUACCUAAAUACAUCUACAUUGUCCAGAUAGCGAACUCUUCCAACAUAUUAAUCUCGAAUUGUCAAUUAAAAAUUACUAGAAGCAUAAUUUAUUUUAUUUAUUAGGUGUACAUUGGCCGCAAUAAUGUUUACAAAAAUGAUAUUCAAACUGUUCAACGAUGUGGCUGAAAUAAUAUAUGGGUUCAGUAAGAUGUCAGAGCAGAAUUCUGUAAUAUUUUCGUUAACCUUGAAGUGACCUCUAAAACUAGCUAGGGUUAUGAUAUAAGCUUAGCCAUUUUUUGUUAUUCUGCGCAAGUGAAGCGUAAGGUCGUAUAUUUAACCAGAUCUCCGUUUUGAACAAGAGGAAUUUUAAGUCAAAAAUUGUAAAAUUGCGUUUGAUGUGUGCCAUGUGAAUAAGUUUUGAUUAUUUUGUGUUCCGAUUGGAAAAUCUCAGGGUAUUCAACAUUUUGUACAAAGAAAAAAAUACUAUUUGUGUAAAUAGGAUUGUAGGUUUAGAAAUUGUGCAUUUGCAAGUUCCUCCCAGACCGUUGCGGGUCGCAUUUUUGGGCCCGCGUGGCUGCGACUCGUAUAAAACGUUUAGCGUCAGCAUCUUUAAUGAUUUGUUUAAAGUGUCUUUAGGGUUCUAAGUUGGCUUAGGUGUACAGAAAAAAUUUAAUUUAUUACAGAGUUUAUAGAGCGAUAUAAUAUAACGUCAAAAAUUUAAGAGCAUAAAGACUGACCGGUUUAGUUUAGUUAGAAGUUUGAUUUGGUUUUUUUCGCGUUUUCGAAAUAAUACUCUUAAAUUUUUGAAGUAUCCCGCGUUGUCCCUAUUUGUAAUGUAGUUCCACGCUUUGUUUUUCUCUUGAAAAAUUUAAAGUUGUUGGUUGUUCCGCCAGUGUGUGAUUCAGAUUUUGAUCUCGUAUAAUUUUUUGUUUCACAAAGGAAAUGGGUUCCCGGGAGUUCCGUUUGUUAAUUGGUGGGUUAUUCGGGCGUGAAUAUUUUAUUUUUUUCUAUAUUUCCUGUAACAAAACGAUACCUAAUGUGCAAUCAUUUAACUUUGUCUCCAUAAUAAAACACUUCUAGCUAUUGCCAAUUUUUAUUUUUUACUCUUUCAGCGUUGGUCUAGGGAAAGAUAUUUGAUAGGAAGAUGAUCCAGGGUCCAGUCAAAAUUGGGUAAUGUUUUUUGAAGAAGCACCCGUUUGAUUUAUGAAAAAAGAACAUUGGUUGACAGCAAUAAUCGUGGUUUGGGUUGCUCUAUUUUUCAGUUUACCACAAGAUUUUGCGAGUUAAUUAUUAAUAUUCUUUCAUUUAUAUAUAUGCUUUAUACUUUUCAAAUGACCGAGACAAAUAUAUUCAGAGAAUAAAUAUAAAUAACAUACAUUGUACUAUAUAUUUAGUAAAAACUCUGUGGUGUUUCCGCCUUUUCGACAAGUUCAUUCGUAACGGACAUAAACGUGAAAUUUUCAAAGUCCUCUAGUAAAUCGAAGUUCUAAAUUGGGCUGGAAAUUGGUAGGUGGCAUCUCUGCCUCAAUUGAUGGAAUCACGAUAUGAAGUGUCUGAAGAUCAAUUGAUACAAAAAAGUUAUUUUGUUAAUUAUGGGUAGGUAUAGGAGUGCUAUUCAAAUGGAUUUGUCAAUUUUGAAUAUCUAAUAAAACUUCUCUCCCUGCGCAUUCGCCGCCUUUGGUUAUUUACUUUCUGUGAAAAUACAGGUCAUAGUUUCUCAUUCCUGGCGCAUUCGCCUUUGUUGAAAAUGGAAAUAGAAUAUAGAUUGUAAGGGAUAAUUGCUUACACUUUAGCAUCAACCCAUCUUAUUAUUUUUAAACGGUUCGAAGAACGUCAGCCCGAUUUGAAAAAUAUUUUAAGUGGUAACAUAUCUUCGUUUCGUGCAAUAUAUUUGCUUAGUGCUUCAAUCCAGUAUUUUAUACCCAUCUUUAUGAUUAUUCUCAAAAAUAUUCAGUGUUCGCAUCGUAUUAAAUCGUAAGCCAAUAUUUGAAGUAAAAUCGGAACGUAGGUUCGUCACGUCACCAGUUUAUACGAAUUGGGAGUUGCCUAUAGUUAGUUGCUCUUAAAUAUAGCGGGUGCAUAUAAUAUAAAAUAAAUGUGCUUUCUUGGAAUAUUCCCGCUGAGAAAAAACAAUGAUUGUAAUGUUUAUAUAUGGAUAUUCUAAACAAUAUAAUUGUAAAUGUUGUGAUUUGCUAUUGACCCAAUUUGUUAGGAAUUUUACCUGGCGGUAACAAGCAAAAUUUUUGUUUUCGCAAAUUUUGUCUAGGGGAGGACAUACGUGUGGUUACGUUUCUGAUGUAUUUUUUUUUAUUAACAAUCGAGCAAAGAAAUAAAAAAAAAGUACUUGUGAGUUUUUUUAAAGUGACAAAUGACAUUUUAUUUAGGAUUCAACGGUUUUUUCAACGUUUCCAUAAUAAAAACUGUGUUUUCAAAAAGGACAACGCAUUAAUAAGGUUACCAAAAUAUAAACAAAACCUUUCAGGUAUAUUCUUAUGAAGGCAUUCGAAUGGAAAUAAAAUAAAGACUUUCGUGUAGAAAAAAUGUAAUAGUUUUCUUUUAUAAAAACAUUGUUUUUAUGAAACGCCCGGGAUAAUUAAAACAAUUCUUACUUCUACCAGCACAAUAUUCUUAAAUUUUCUGAUGGAAAAUAUAAUUAUUUUUUUUUUGUCGGCUAUUUAGUGUGCUAGAUUUUAAAUUUAGUUGUACACAUAAUUAUUGAAAUGAACAUUUUACAAUUUAUUUGAUAUCCAAUUUAUUUUUGUCACUAGGCAAACAAACAAUAUCUCGUAUCAAAAGUCGCAUUUUGAAUUCGAAACAACUUCGAGUAAAAACAUAAGGCUUAUCGAUGACUCACAUUUCCUCCCCGACGACAAGGAGACAGUGCAAGCUACGGCCCCACUAAAACGGUCUGCCUACCUAAAGUGGUCCACAUACGUUAAAAAUUAUUGUACCUUGCGAUGCGCUAUGCCUAUAAAGUUGAU